GGUAAGAAGAGCUCCGUUGGCGGAGCAGGGCGGUGCAAUAAAGAGGAUGCAAAUGCCGCUUUUCUAGAGUUGACAUUUGCCAUUUUCCCGCCUCUUUCUCUCCUUCAUUCUGCUUUGUCCAGAUAGCCUUGGUCUCAUUGCCUUAUACCCACCCACACAUACAAACAUCAUGUCUCAAAGAGCCGCGCUACUAAUCGGCAAGCUGUCACACGCGCAGAAAGAGUGGCAGCAGUGCGCCGAGGUCGCGUCCAAGCUAUACGAGUACCCCGAUGGUAACCGCGAAGACUUCAUUUCCAAGUGCAAGAGCGGCGAGUUCGACGGGAUUUACGCUCUCUACAGGAGUAACGACUCGAACCCGAUCACUGGAGACUUCAAUGCUGAGCUGCUUGACGCGCUACCAAAGAGCCUGAAGUACGUGUGCCACAAUGGUGCAGGAUAUAACAACAUCGACGUUGCGGCAUGCACAAAGAGGGGCAUUUCCGUAUCGAGUACGCCAAUUGCAGUCAACGACGCAACUGCCGACGUCGCCAUCUGGCUCAUGCUCGGCGCCCUACGAAACAUUAAGCAAUCAUACAUGGCAGUCAACAGCGGAAAGUGGCGUGGCAACUUUUCCCUCGGACACGACCCCAAGAACAAGACGCUAGGUAUCUUGGGCAUGGGUGGCAUUGGUUCGGCUGUCGCACACCGUGCAAAGGCCUUUGGCAUGAAGAUACAAUACCACAACCGCCGCCAGCUGCCUGCUAACGAGGAAAACGGCGCCAAGUACGUCAGCUUUGAGGAGCUGCUCAAGACAUCGGACGUGCUGAGCUUGAACCUGGCCCUCAACCCUUCUACUACGCACAUUAUCGGCAAAGAGCAAUUCAAUCAGAUGAAGGAUGGCGUGGUCAUUGUAAACACAGCGCGAGGUGCGUUGAUUGACGAAGCGGCCCUGGUGGAUGCGCUCAAGAGCGGCAAGGUGUGGACUGUGGGACUAGAUGUGUUCGAGGAGGAGCCAAAGAUCCAUCCUGGACUGUUGGAGUGCGAGAAUGCCGUACUGCUACCUCAUGUUGGCACGGCGACGUUUGAAACUCAGCGCGAAAUGGAGAUCUUGGUGCUGGACAAUCUCAAGUCGGCCAUUACGAGCGAUAAGCUAUUGACGCAGGUACCAGAGCAGAAGACGGAGAAGGCGAACAUCUAGACGAUAGAAUAGAUGCAUGGGUCUAGGCCUGGUAGCGUAGACGCACUGCAUAGACUAAUUGAUGAAUCAUGACAAACCCCAAUA